AUGGUUGAUAACACACGUGUAGCAACUAAAUCUGCAUUGCAAGGCUGUUUCUCGUCCGCCGGCAGCCUUCCAGUCCAGGCUCCCUCCGUCUCCUCCCAUAACCCGUUCUCCGGUAUCCUAUCCAACCAGGCCGGCAGCGGCGGCAUGAAGCUCGAGGCAGUCAUGGAGAACCUGCAGCGGCAACAGGCAGCGCGUCUGGCUGUUGAGGAGAAGCUCCGAGAGAAAGAUAUUGAGUCAAUGGCUGAGUCCCAGAUACAUCAACAAGCUCUAGCUUUCCGCCACUACCAAGCAGCGAUGCACGGCGCUCUGGCUGGCGGAGCUACCAACACGUCCCACGGGAUGACGCUCCCUAUCCAGGAGGUCCGCAUAUUUGACGGGGACUCAUCCAAAUCGGACAGCGUUAAGGAGGGGAACGAGGAGGCAGAUGACACGGAGGAGCUGGAGAUCAUGGAUGGUGAUGAGCAGGAUGACGGGGACGGGUUGGACCACUACCAGCACGGGCAAUCCUUGGUCCAGGCGACUGGUCUAGCUCCAACGCAUCUGAUGGCCAGAGUCCAGACAGCCUUCACCCAAGCCCUUCGCGCAGAGUCUCCAUCGGGACAACCCCAGUCCCAGCAACCUGAGUGGACCUAUGAAGAGCAGUUCAAACAGUUGUAUGACUUGGAUGAUGAUGAAAAGCGCAAAGAGUUCCUAGAUGACCUUUUCAGUUUCAUGCAGAAACGGGGGACUCCAGUAAAUCGGAUUCCUAUCAUGGCCAAGCAGGUGCUGGAUCUCUACAUGCUCUACAAGCUCGUCACAGAAAAAGGUGGCUUAGUGGAAGUCAUCAAUAAGAAAAUAUGGCGUGAGAUCACCAAAGGCCUUAACCUUCCUACCUCCAUUACCAGUGCAGCUUUCACUCUCCGAACACAGUAUAUGAAGUACCUCUACCCGUAUGAAUGUGAUAAGCAGGGACUGAGCUCCCCUGGAGAGCUUCAGGCGGCUAUCGACAGCAACCGUCGGGAAGGCCGACGGCAGAGCUAUGGCUCUGCAAUUUUCAACUAUUCUCCUGUGGGCACCCCCACCCUUGUGUCCCCACCAAAGAUGCAAAUAUCCCAUCUAUCUACAGUCUAUAAUAACAGUGGUCAUAUCUCCCAGGGGCCUGUGAUUAAAAAAGAGGAGCAUAUAAUGGCAAGCUGCCUUCCCAGCCGGGUUGCCCUCCAUUUGUCACCAAGCAGCCAUCAUGCGGCAGCUGUGGCUGCCAAGGCAGGAGCUGCUCAGGCAGCAGCAGCCGUACGGGCUGCAGCUCUGGAGCAGCUCAGAGAGAAACUGGAUAACGGUGAACCACCAGAGAAGAAGAUGAUGGUGGCAGAGGAGCAGCAGAGGAUCAUGCAACAUGCCCUGCAGCAGAACUUGCUGGCAGUGGCAACUCAGUUACCCCUCAACAUAAAACUCAACAACAGAGAUGAUAGACAAGAGACCGCAUUGAACCUGUCUACCAACGGCAUUAGCAGCAUCAACAUGUCAAUAGAAAUAAAUGGAGUUGUCUACACAGGCAUCCUGUUUGCUCGACAUUCGCCCAUGGCAGUGAUGGUGGGACAUCGUCGGAAACAUAGCCACUGUAAGACUCAGGGAAAGACCAGUCCCACACUCUUCCAGGCUUCUUGCUCCUCCUCAGCCUGCUCCUCUUCCUCAUUCCAUGGACUCAGAAACUCCUCUCCCUGA